AUGCACUCAGUCGUCCUCUCCCUGCUCUUUGCUGCUUCCGUAGUCUCAGUGUCCCCAACUCUGCCCGCCGAGUUGCUCCAGGAGCAGCUUUCCGAACUGGAGCACAUCAUUGGCACUGGACAGAGCCGCAAUUUCGUGGGAAUCUUCGGAGCAGUACCUUCUCCGCAGGCCGUCAAAGAAGCGAAAGAACUGAUCCGAAAGCUGAACGGAAACAAGUACAAAGUGGAAGAAGCCCGUUUGGCCUUAGAACAAAUCGUUGGAAAUGUGAGCGUCUACAAUGGAGAAAAGUUCGGACACAGCUGCGUUGUUACUAUCGAGAAGGUCAGUUUUAUUCAGCGCACCUAUUCCUCAAAGAUGUUUUUAGAGCUCAAUUAGUCCAACGGGAUACAAAUUCAUCGAUAUCGUUCCUCUUGACGGCAAGAAGAGACCAUUUUGGGGACUCGUCUUCGAAAUCGGCGCGCUUGCUGUUGCUCUCAUCACUACCUACGCGAGCCACGCUGCCUGA